UGUCUCUUCUUAUCUUCUUUUUUAUAUGUUAUCAGGGUGUUAAUAAUUUUGAGACUGUUGUUUUUCAGGGUUUCAACUAGAAAGACAGACAGAUACAGAGAUAAAGGAGGAAGACACAAAGGAAUAAACACAGUGUUGGAAGACAGACAGACGGACAGACAACCAUGGCCUUUCCAGAGCAAGGGGCUGAGAAGUUUUACGUGGAUAGGGUUGUAUUGAAUGAGCUUUCCCUGAACGAUGUGGCAAGAAUACGGACGUACUCCACCAAACCUCCCCUAAAGGAACGGGUAAAAGAAUCUCUCAGGUGUUCAGUGCCCAAGCUGAAGCGUUCUGUGCUGGGCUUUCUGCCUGUACUGUCAUGGCUGCCCCGCUACUCACUGAGAGACAACGCCCUGGGAGACCUCACCUCUGGCAUCAGUGUCGGCAUCAUGCACCUGCCUCUGGGUUUAGCCUAUGCUCUCUUGGCCGGUACACCCCCUGUAUAUGGCCUCUACACCUCCUUCUACCCGACACUAGUCUACUUCUUCUUCGGGACCUCCAAACACAUCUCCAUAGGCCCAUUUGCUGUGACCAGUCUCAUGGUUGGCAUUGUAACAGAAACACUGGCCCCAAACAGCAACUACAUGACACUAAAUGGAACCAACGGGACUGCAGUUCUAGAUAGCACAGCCCUUUAUAAUGAUAGAGUACGGAUAGCAUCCAGCCUCACUGUGCUGUGUGGGAUCUUUCAGUUUGCCAUGGGCCUUUUGCAGGUAGGUUUCAUUGCAACGUACCUGUCGGAUCCCCUGGUACGUGGCUACACUACAGGAGCAUCUAUACAAGUGGUCCUCUCCCAACUCUCAAACACCUUCGGGAUCAGUACUUUGCUCUACACAGGACCGUUGUCUCAGAUCUAUCUCCUAAUAGACAUCUGUAGGAAACUGCCAUUGACUAACAUUGGGGCUGUGGUGAUCACUCUGGUGGCCUUGGUGGUCCUCAUAACCGUCAAAGAACUCAACACCUGCUUUGCGAAGAAAUUGCCUGCACCAAUUCCAAUAGAACUCAUAGUGAUCAUAUUUGCAACAAUUAUCUCCUACUACAGCAACUUGAACGGUCUGUACAAAGUGGCCGUGGUUGGACAGAUUCCUAAGGGAUUACUGGCACCACGUAAUCCUGACAUCAGUCUGUGGGGCUCGGUGGCUGGGAGUGCAUUUUCUCUGGCCAUAGUUGGCUAUGCCAUUAGCAUCUCGUUGGGCAAAACCUUUGGUCUCAAAUAUGGCUACAAGGUGGACAGCAACCAGGAGCUGAUUGCCUUGGGACUCUGUAACACAGCGGGAGGAUUCUUUCAAUGUCAUUUCAUCACCCCUUCUUUGGCCCGCAGCCUCCUCCAGGAAACCACUGGAGGCAAGACACAGGUGACUGGGAUUGUUUCUGCAGUGGUUUUGCUGAUCAUCAUCCUCGAAAUUGGGCCACUUUUUCAGCAGCUUCCAAAGGCUGUCCUGGCCUGUAUCAUUUAUGUGAACAUGAAAGGAAUGUUUAUGCAGUUUUCGGACAUUCCUGCACUCUGGAAGAGCAACAAAGUCGACCUGAUGGUGUGGUUGGUAACACUGGUGUCUGUUGUGCUGCUGAAUCUGGAUAUUGGUCUGGCUGUAUCCGUUGGCUUCUCUAUACUUACUGUCAUCUUCAGAACGCAGCUACCACGUUACUCUAUCCUGGGGCAGGUUCCUGGGACUGAGCUCUACCUGGAAAUGGACGCAUAUGAGGAGGUGAAAGAGAUACCAGGUAUCAUUAUCUUCCGUUCCUCCACCACAAUUUACUAUACCAACGCUGAGCUAUACCUGGAUGCAUUGCAAGAGAAGACUGGAAUUGACGUUGGGAAGCUGCUGAACCAAAAGAAGAAAAGAGAGGAUAAACAAAUGAGACUUGCCAAGAAAGAAGAAAAAAAAGCCAAAAAGGAGGCCAGGAAACUGCGUUUGAAUGGACAACUACCCAAUGGAACAGUCCAUCCAGAGAAUCAAGGGGAUGUAGAGAUGGCUUCCUCAGACCUGAAUGGGAACCAGUUGGCCAUUGUCUAUAGUGAAAAAGCCCAAAAUGGACAGAUCAACAGGGCCUUUGAGGAGGGAUCUGAGACCGGUAUUAAUGUGAACGAUAAUAAGAAGUCCACUGGUGAAGGAGAAAGGGAGAUGGGGGAGAGCUCCAGUCAAAACACACACACCAUCAUCCUGGACCUGUCCAGAGCCAGCUUUAUUGACACGGUCACUGUGAAGACACUGAGAAAUAUUUUCAAUGACUUCAAAGGGAUUGGCAUUGACAUUUGUUUAACUGGGUGCCAAGUCUGUGUGGUGGAGCAGUUAUCCAUUGCAGGCUUCUUCUGUGAGUCAAUCCCUAAAAGCUGCCUGUUUGCUACUGUCCACGAUGCGGUGUUACACAGCCUCCGGGUGCACGGGGACAAAGACAGACCCGUCUAUGACAAUGCUCUGGACACAGCCUUCUCCACCAAGAUGUAACCAACUGGAGUCACUUUGUUCCCCUCUCACACAAACUUCCUCCUUCUCUUCCCCCUUCCUUCAAUGUCCCAUCAACUCUGUGGUUUCCUGUUGAUUCAGAACCACAACAAGCACCUCCACAACAUGAGAGUCAGUUUCCAUGGAGAGGCUGCAACAAGCUUUUGGUUACAGUAUAUUAUAAUAUGGUAGCCUAGAAUAUGUCACUGAUUGAGAGUGAGAGACAGGUACUCAGACAGACAAACUGACAAAGAGAUAAAAGAAGGAAAGUGACUAAAGAAAAACAAAUGGAGACAGGGAAGAGUGAGGUGGGAAUUAAAUGAUGCAACACUAGACAGAUAGGAAUUUGUAUUUAUAUCAAUGGGUGGUAAAAAGGGGGUGAUAGGUGAGUGUAAUAAGAGAACUAAAGUCACAAAAAAAAGAGUUGUUAAAGAGAGUUUUGAUAUUUGACCUGUAAGUGUGUGUGUACUGUUGAUUCAAGAUUGUUCCAAUUUCAUUUUAUGUUUAAAAGGGUCAUUCAAUCAUUGUGUCCCAUGAGGCCAUAUUUUGACACUAUCUGAGGUGAUCCCCCAGCACGUAUAGCUCCGGAAACAAUUAAGAGACCACUGCACCUGUUUCUUUCCUUUCCAAAUAAGAGUAUCCCCUUAAUUAAGUUAUUAAGUUAUUUUGUUUGUAAUUCACAACAAAAAAACUAAAAACAUUUUGAUAGACAUUGAUAGACAACGCCAAUAUAUUAUAGUAAAACAAUUAUUCUUUCUGAAUACACAGCCACUGUAUCACAAAUGUUUUAUCAGCAAUUUGACAUUUUUCCUAAUCAACAACAUUUAAUAAAUACCUGAUUAUAUGUGAGACUUUAUAUUGUAAAACCUUAUAACAUGCUGUUUUGGAUGCUGUACUGUUUGGAUGCCGUUUGGUUUGUCCCAGAUCAGAUCCUCAUGUCUUUUUAUGAUGUUUGAAAGUAAUAACUAAGAGAGUUGAUUUAUCUAAGAUAAGAUAAUGACAGGUUUUUCCAUGUGGUAAUGUUGAUUAUGUGCUCUGUGCAUAUGUAAAUACACAAUCAAACAGAAAUGAGUAC